AGAUUUAGCAUCCCUAUGUCGUCACAUAUAGAUAAAAAAUUAUCUCUGCUCUACUUCUCAACUAUAUAUAUAUGCGCUUCUGCUCUCCAACUCACCAUCAUAUUACUCGCAAUGAAUCCUUCAAACGAGACAACUGAUCAUUCAUCUCCCAGCCCCAAGCCCCCUCUACACCCACCAGAACCGCUGAAUUUAUCCCAAAAUUCCGAAGAUCCUGCAGUAAUGGAGCAAGUAUUCAAUUACUUCGACGAGAACAAGGACGGCAAGAUCUCGCCCUCGGAGCUCCAGACCUGCGCCAAGACAGUCGGCGGCGACCUCACCAGAGAAGAGGCGGAGAAAGCGGUGCACAUCUCAGAUUCCGACGACGACGGGAUGCUGAACAAGAAGGAGUUCACGGAGCUGGUUCAGGGGAGGAGCGGCGUGAAAGACGAGGAGAUCAGGGAAGCGUUCAAGAUGUACGCGGCGGAGGAGAAAGGGAGCAUCACGCCCAAGAGCUUGAAGAGGAUGCUGAGCAGGCUGGGACAGACCAACACUGUGGAGAAUUGCGAGGCUAUGAUUACCAAGUUUGAUGUGAAUGGGGAUGGGGUUCUUAGUUUCGAUGAGUUUAGGACUAUGAUGAUGCGUUAGCUCAGUUUGUGUAUAUAAUUUGUUGUUAAUAAGUUUCAAUAAGAUCAGAAUUCAGAACCUUUCUGUCAGAGAAGGGGAAACAUCAGACCCCGAGAGUUUGAAAUUAUUAGGCGUGUAUAUAUUUAUUUAUCGUGAUUUUCGUA